CUGCAGUGAUGGGCACUGAUAGGCGGCACUGAUGAGGAGGCACUGACUGGCAGCACUGAUUUGAACUGUUAGGCAGCACUGACAGGCACUGAUAGGCAGCACUGAUGGGCACUGAUAGGCAGCACUGGCGAGCACUUAUUGGUGGCAUCAAUGCCCUGAUGAUCAGUGUAGAUGUCCCCUCUGAGGAAUGCCGAUUAACGGCCCUCCUCUCCUCAUGCACUGCGCGAUCAGCUGUGAUUGGACACAGCUGAU